CUCCCUCUCUGAAAGCCUGUUUCUCUUUACGGAAACAAUGUCACGGUUUAAGGAAACUUGAGCAAACUUCACUCCAGCAGACUGAGCGGAAUAAUGGCUGGACGUGUGAGCAGAAGUUUGUUGAAUUGUUUGACAAGAGAAAACCCCUUAAGAAGCAAGAAAUAUCUGCGUAAAAGCGUUUUAUUCAUCUCACAGUGCCAUGCAAGAUCCCUGUGCAGCAGCAGCAGCAUCAGCGCGGCGGCUCAACCGGACCUGAGCUCGCAUCUCGUUGGAAAGACCUACUCCGAGUUAUACGAACUGUCAGUGAGAGAUCCCGAAACCUUCUGGGGAUCCAUUGCCAAGGAAAGGCUGACAUGGACCAAACUUUUCGACCAAGUAAAGGACUGUGAUCUCUCUCGUGGGAAAAUCAAUUGGUUUCUUGGAGGCCAACUGAACGUCUCUGUGAACUGCUUGGAUGUACAUGUGGCAAAGGAUCCAGACAGAGUGGCGUUGAUUUGGGAGAAAGAUGAUCCUGGUACAGAAGAAAGGAUCACCUACAGGGAACUUCUAGAGAUGACAUGUCGUCUUGCCAACACAUUAAAGAGUCAUGGGGUCAGGAGGGGAGAACGAGUGGCCAUCUAUAUGCCUGUGUCUCCUAUGGCAGUAGCGUCCAUGUUGGCUUGUGCCCGCAUCGGUGCAGUACACACUGUGGUGUUUGCAGGCUUCAGCUCAGAGGCUUUGGCCAGCAGAAUUCAGGAUGCUCAGUGUAAGUUUGUGAUCACAUGCAACCAAGGAGUGAGGGGCGGCCGUGUCUUCGAUCUGAAGUCCACAGUGGACACAGCAGUGAAGAGCUGUCCGUCUGUCCAACAUGUGUUUGUGGCCAAAAGGACCAACAAUAGUGUGCCAAUGGGCAAACUAGACAUUCCAUUAGAUGAGGCAAUGGCAGGAGAGCCUUCAGUGUGCGCUCCAGAGCCCAUGGGCAGUGAGGAGAUGUUGUUUAUGCUCUAUACCUCAGGCAGCACAGGUAAACCGAAGGGCAUUGUGCACACACAGGCUGGUUACCUGCUGUACGCCUCCCUCACACAUCAGUAUGUAUUUGACUACUCACCAGGAGAUGUGUUUGGCUGUGUCGCUGACAUCGGUUGGAUCACGGGUCACAGUUAUGUGGUUUACGGACCUCUGUGUAAUGGAGCCACUUCUGUUCUGUUUGAGAGCACACCUGUGUACCCUGAUCCUGGUCGUUACUGGGAGACAGUUCAGAGGUUAAGAAUAAACCAGUUUUAUGGCGCUCCUACUGCCAUCAGAUUACUCCUGAAAUAUGAUGAUAGCUGGGUGAAGAAAUACGACAGGUCAUCUCUGAAGACGCUUGGAUCUGUUGGAGAGCCUAUUAAUCACGAGGCGUGGGAAUGGUUCCAUAAUGUGGUUGGAGAUGGACGAUGCCCUCUGGUGGACACAUGGUGGCAGACAGAGACUGCGGGUGUGUGUAUUGCCCCACUCCCAGCUGAACCAGGAGCAGAAAUCCGCCCUGCCAUGGCAAUGAGACCCUUUUUUGGCAUCCAGCCGGCACUAAUGGGGGAGAAGGGUCAGUUGAUAACAGGAAAUGAUGUCAGUGGAGCACUGUGCAUCAGCCAGCCGUGGCCUGGUAUAGCCAGAACUAUAUUUGGAGACCACCAGAGAUUUGUGGAUGCAUAUUUUAAACCGUACCCAGGUCUUUAUUUUACGGGUGACGGGGCUUAUCGCACCAAAGAUGGUUACUACCAGAUCACAGGACGAAUGGAUGAUGUCAUCAAUAUCAGUGGGCAUCGACUGGGUACCGCUGAGAUAGAGGAUGCUCUGGACGAACAUCCAGAUGUUCCUGAAACUGCAGUGAUUGGAAUUUCACAUGAGAUCAAAGGAGAAGUUCCAUUUGCAUUUGUGGUUUUAAAAGAAACUGCUAUUGAGAGCCAGCAGGCUGUUGUUGAAGAGUUAAGACGUCUAGUGACUAUUAAAAUUGCUAAAUAUGCCAUCCCUGAACAUUUCCUGGUUGUGAAACGUCUUCCUAAAACACGUUCUGGAAAAAUCAUGAGGAGAAUCUUGCGGAAGAUCGCCAUGGAGGACACGAGCAACCUGGGUGACGUCUCCACACUGGACGACCCCUCCGUUGUUUUAGAGAUCAUUCAGGCCCACAAACAUUACAGAAGUUGUAGAUCUAAGAAGUAGAAAAAGGACUGUUGGGGCAUUCCCAUUUGAUCAUGUGAAGUAAAUAUCCAGUAAUGUGAAAAUCCUAGAGACUAGUUGUUUUGUUUGAGGGGCUAUGGAUAUGAAGCUGUGAUUACAGGGAAUUUGUGCAUGUUGUAAAUGUGAAAGGACUCAAAGUAGCCUAUGAAGUGUUCAUACCAUGAAACUUGUAUGUUGGUCCUGACAUGUCAAAUAGGGUUUGUACAUCCUAGGCAAACACCUUUUUAAGCAUUAAUCAUAAAGCAUUUUGCACAGUGUUAUUCAUGUAGUCAGGGAUGGGGUGGGAUUUGCUGUGGAACAUUAGCAGUUCUUUAUUAUUUUAUUUUUUAAGGUCCUAAAUUAGGUGUGGUCAGUUAAAUCUCACCCAUAUUUCGCUCUUUUAUUUCUUUGAAGUCUUAAGCAUUUGCUUCCUAAUGUUUAUGACAAGACAUAACUGUCAUAAUUUGACUGAUUUUCAAUCAAUAUCACCAUAUCAAUAGAAAUGUCUAUAUAAUUUGAUGUACAUGCUUCACAUAUAUGAUUCACAUGAAUUGAAAGUAUUUGGUGCUAAAUGUUUCCAUUUUAAUCUUCAUUAUUUCAUUCCUAGAAAUGUGUCAAUCCACUAUAUAUAUAUAUCAAAAGUAAAACAAAAAAACAUUAUUUGUUUGGCUGUCUUAUUGGAGGAAUAACCACUUAAACAAUUAAACACUAAUCUUAAGCACAGCUCAGUGGG